AAGCCUUAGCGAGCUAGCUAGUUUCCUCUAUCAUCAUAUAUAUAUUUACUCUUUUUUCUUCAAGCAAGCCGUACGUAAUCAAUACCAUCCGAUCCAGCGAUCGAUAUAUAGGUCGCCAUGGAACCGGGAAUGAUAUCGGAAAAAACCACCGUCGCCCCCCAUCACCUGCCGCCGGCCGGGAAAAUGUUCUCGGCGCCGAAACCAUCCGUUUGGGAAGACAUGGAACGGAAUGGGUUCGUCCAGCCCGUUGAGAAUAGGCCGAAGCUGUCAGAAGCAGAAGCCGAGGGCAUACCCUUGAUCGACCUGUCCCUGAACAGCGAAACCGACGAGGUUGUUUCGCAGAUAGGCAAUGCGUGCAGGGUGUGGGGGUUUUUCCAGGUGGUCAACCACGGCGUUGACCAAGAGAAGCUGCGAGAGAUGAUGGAGGUGGCGAGGAGGUUUUUCGGGGAGCUGAGUAGGGAGGAGAAGAGGGAGGUGAGGAGGGACGAGGAGAAUGUGCAUGGGUACCACGACGCGGAGCACACCGUGAACGUGAGGGACUGGAAAGAGGUUUUUGAGUUCGCCGUCGACACUCCGUACCUCCUGCCUCGUCCCCCACGCCCCAAUUCUCAUUCCGGCGCCGCUUCUGCUCAUCAAGUCACUCAGGUCUACAACUUAUGGCCAAAAAGGCCUCCUCAAAUGAGGAGAAUAUGCGAAGAAUAUUCGAAAGAAAUGGAAAAGCUAGGGUUCAAGCUGAUGAGGCUUAUUGCUGUGAGCCUGGGCUUGCCGGCGCAUACGUUCGAGGGCUUCUACAAGACACCGACGACGUCCACCGUGAUGCUCACCCACUACCCACAGUGCCCCUUUCCGGACCUGGCUCUUGGGGUGGGCCCCCAUGCCGACAGCGGGGCUUUAACCAUCCUCUAUCAGGACCAGGUGGGCGGGCUUGAAGUCAAGAGGAAAUCAGACGGUCAAUGGGUUCGGGUCAAACCUAUUCCGGAUGCCUACAUCAUUAAUCUCGGAUCCCUCAUGCAGGUGUGGGCUAAUGAGAAAUAUGAGAGCGUGGAGCAUAGGGUGGUGGUAAACUCUGAAAAGGAAAGGUUUUCCAUUCCCUUCUUUUUUAACCCAGGCCACGACACGAUGGUGAAACCAUUACAAGGACUCAUAAGUGACGAAAACCCGGCCAGAUACAGAGCAUAUAAUUGGGGGAUGUUUGACGCCUCCCGGAAGCUCAGCAAUUUCAAGAAGCUUGGCUUUAAGAAUGUUCAGAUUCAUGAUUUCAAAAUCUCUAAUUAAUUACUAGUAUAUAUAUUUAAUAAUAAUAUUAUAAUGAGAGAAUAAAUUAAAACUGCCCGCAUGCAGUUACCCAUUAUUAGCCUAUAAUAAGUCCCAAUGUGUGUAUUGGGCUCCAUUGCGAGGCUAAUUAAGGGAAAAUUAAUUAAAUAAAGUCACGAGGUGGCAAUAUGUAUAUAAUUUUGUACGUAAAACAAUACUAGUAUGAAAAAAGAGAGUAAUUCUCUUUAGCAAAG